CCAGUGCUGCGCUGUAGCUGAGAAUCCGCUCACUUUCUAGGUGCGGCGCUAAACUGCCCCUGCCUCAGAGCCGACCUCUGCAAAAUGGGUGUAACCAUGAAGGGUCCUUGUGAGAGGCUUGGGGAAAAUGAAGAUCAGAGGGAAGAGGCGAUAGCACCCGCUGGGUGUUUUGCAGGGGUCCCGGAGGCCGACAAGGAUUCAGAAGCAGAUUCAGACUCUGACCUGGAGACAGAAGACAUACAUGGACUUAGAGAACCCAUCAGGGAUGCCCUCCACUUGGGGUCUUGCCAGGCCUAUGGCAUUGUGCCCACCAUCUACUUUCUGAACCAAGGGUGUGCCCCAGAAUUGAAGCUGAGGCACCGUGGUCUGGGACCCCAGGGGGCAUGGGCUCUGGCUUCCAUGUUAAUCUCCAAUCCCUACAUUAAGCGGCUGGAUCUUCAGGACAAUGGGCUCUGUGUGGCUGGUGCAGAGGCCCUGGCCUAUGUCCUGAGCAAAAACAGCAGCAUCUGUGAUGUGGAUCUGUCGGAGAACCAGAUUGGAGUGGCAGGAGCCCAGGCUCUUUGUGCUGCCCUCAAAGUGAACCAGGCUGUGCAGAAGAUACAACUGGCAGGAAAUAGCCUGGAAGAGAAGGCAGCCCAGUACCUUGCUGAACUCUUGCUGGUCCACACAGGCCUGAAAUCCCUGGAUGUCAGCUAUAACCAGUUGAAUGACCAAGCAGGAGAGACACUUGGACCAGCCUUGGCAGAAAACACAGGACUAACAGAGCUUAACAUAAGCUGGAAUCACCUCCGGGGUCCAGGAGCCAUAGUGUUUGCCAGGGGACUAGAGGCAAAUAUCUUCCUGAAAGUCCUAGACAUCUCUUUUAAUGGUUUUGGAGAUUCUGGAGCUUCUGCAGUGGGUGAGGCCCUCAAGGCCAACAACGUAUUGGAGGAACUCAACAUGAGCAACAACCGAAUCUCUGCAACAGGAGCCCGGCACCUGGGGUUGGGCCUCCGGGUCAACCAGACACUGAGGAUUCUUGUUGUGUCCAGGAAUCCCAUGCAAACUGAAGGCUGCUCUCAUCUCCUCAAGUCUGUCCGGGACAAUCCAGCAUCUGCACUAGAACUGCUAGAUUUCUCUGAUAUGCAGGUGAACAGAGAGUUUGAUGACCUUGCUAGCUCAGUGAAGGUGAUUCUUCCAGGCCUUUGCAUAAAGACUGGUGCUCCCAGAGUGGACUAUAAGAAAGAGUUGCUGCCAGUCUUCAGACCACCUCCACCAGCAUCUGCUCCUAAAUGACUUUGGAAGAUGGCUUACUCAUCUCCCAAUAAGUCAUUUCAGUUUCCACAUGGUGGACUACUGGACUCUUGACACUUGUACCUUCCUCUCUGCUCCAUGGACCCUGCUAUAAUCUAGGCCUUCCUUUGCCAUCACUCAUUCAUGUAACACAUUGGUGUGGACACAGGGUGAAAGAUGUCCCUGUUCAUCUUCCAUAUGUUCCUCUUUUAGUGACCUUGGAAGAAAAAAUAUGAGAAAGAGUACAUAUCGCACUCCCAAACUACUUGCAAAAAUGCAACUUGUCACAGCCCUUUGGGAAGGCAAUUGUUAUUAUGCACUGAGAGUCAUCAAAUUGUCCGUUUUGAUCCAAAUGUUUGUGUAAUUGUUCUACAGAACUAAUCAGAGAUGCACAAAAAAAUUGUUGCCUGAAGAUGUUCACUGAAAUGCUGUUUAUAAUAAUGAAAAGUGGAAAUAAGUUAAAUGCCCACUAAUUAAGAUUUGGAACUCUGCAAAUGUUAAAAGCCCCAUGUCAAAAACAUUGAAGAAUUCAUGAAAAUAUACAUGAUGUAAGGAAGUACAUCAAGGUAAAAAAACUCCUAUGGUUUUUGGCAUUUCCUCAAAAGUUUAAUCAUAGAAUUACCAACUGAACCAAUAAUUCCUCUCUAUGUAUAUACUUAAGAGAAUGGGAAAUAUAUCAAUGGAAAAACUUUUUCAGGUAUUAUUCAUUGUAGCAUUAUUCAUAAUAUCCAGAAAGUUGGAAUGCUUAUCUAUGAGUACAUACAAUAUGGCAUAUCCAUACAAUGGAAUGUUAUUCAGCAACAAGAAAGAAUUAUGCAGAGAACUGUGGUCUCACCUGCAAUCCUAGCUACUUGGGAGGCUGAGACAGGAGGACUGCAAUUUGGAGGCCAGCCUAGACAAGUUACAAAAUCCUAUCUCAAAAUCAUUUUGUAAUAUAAAUUUUUUAGUU